UAGUUGGCAGCUUCUACCGCAUAAUUCCUUCUCAUAAAAUUCCGAUCAUCCUUGGAAUGAACAAAGUCCAGCCUGUCGCUCAGUAAUUUAUAAUAAAAUGACAAGCUUGAGAUCCACUUUUAAUCGUUUUACUCCUGAACUACAAGUCCGGUAUAGAAAUGAUUUUGAAAUUCUUGUCAAGUUUGGUAUAUUUACAGUCCAGGAUUUACAAGAGUACAAUUUGGAUGAUCUUGCUCAGCAUACAGGCCUAUCAAGCUACACUCUUUAUCAGUUACAGCAAGAUAUCUGUCAUUAUGCGGCACGACAGCGUUGCAGGACUGCGGCUGAUCUUUGGGAAGAGGAACAACUACCAAAGCCACAACUGAAUCUAUCCACAGGUAUUCCCAGCAUUGAUGCUACAUUGCAAAGCCAAAUCCCUAACCACCAGAUCACUGAGUUGUAUGGUCUCCAGCAGGAGGACAAGUAUCAUAUAUACCUCAAUAUGUUGAUGUCCUUGCAGGAGGAAAAAAAAAAUGUGGUGGCUUACUAUGUCGACAUUCAGCGUCAUUUUGACGCUCAACAACUCCAACACCUGUACUUGACUAGCCCCAAAUACCACAUGUAUCGUGAGGCAGGGAUUACGAUUGAGAAUAUCCUUAGUAGAUUACAAUGUGUGCAAUGUUCAACAGCCAAGUCACUGGUCCUGUUUUUGGAAAGGACCAGCAGCACGUCGAUGGUAACGUCAGGGCAUAUUCAACUGGUGUUCUUAGAUGCUUGCGAUCAACUGUUCAACAUCCCAUUCUCCGAUGGUGGAAAAGAAAUGUUUUAUCUCGCGAUGACGAUACAGUCUCUUAGUUUGUUAAGAGCAGACGACUUCACUUUGUUAUUGAUGUUCCAUGACAGCGCUGAACAGCAUGAUACCAUCCUAUCUCCUGCUCAUUUGCCUCCGUAUGUCGGACCAGCAUGGAGCUUCAUUUCAGAUAAACAAAUGAUGAUGUUAUCUUCUAACAACAAGCAGACUGAACUACACAAAAUUAAAAUUCGCCGAUGAUUGAGACUUUAAAGCUCCCCGCAUAUUGUCUGUCUCUAUUGCUCGCGUCACGAGCUAUAUUCAUUGAUGUACCCAUCAUCUCAAAGUCUUGGCAAAAAAUUGUAAUGAUGUCGCAGAUAGUGCGAAUGUUGCUUAUCUCUAUCUCAGCACCGCCGUUCCUCCACUUAUCUCUAUCUGUGUAUCGACACCCGAGAAAUUACCAUGCAUUCAUGAGCA